AUGCCAUUACUAUCGAGUAUCGACUGCCGCCCUGCGUCCACGGCCACCAAGCUUGCUGCAUGGGAGGGAGAGCCUUGGAACACGUCUCUAGUGAAAAGCAUAUUAUUCUGGACCUAUAUCAGACUUGUCACGUCAGGGUAUGGUGCUUUAGGUGACAUCCCUAAGCAGAUCCAAGAGAAACAUGUUCCGAUUGCCGGCGUUAUUGUGAAUCGCCUUGAUCUCGUCAGAAUUCCUGCCUCUGUGGUAGAGAAUAACGGCCGGUUGCUGAGGUUGGUUAACGAUCGAUUUGAUCGACGGUUCCCAGUCCUUCCGAAGGACCAUUCGACUUCGCGCACUACAUUCAAGAGAACAACGUAA